AUGCGUGAUUGGUUAGCCCUUCCUCUCAACACAAAUGCUGCUGGAUCCUCAUCCUCUUCAUCGACGUCGUCCGCAAAGCACCAACUCAGCAGCGAUGAGGGUAUCACGACAGAUGAAGAUGAAUACCGCUACGAUAUUAUCCAUGAAUCUGCACCUACAGAAGAAGAGCUGGAAGCAACUGAAUGUCAACACGAUGGCCAAAAUGAAGAAUUGUCGACGUGGUUAUCCAUCUUGAAUGUGUUUGGUGUUGCAAGCAAGAUGAAGAAGAAGAAAUCCUCCUCUUCGAGCUCUUCUCUCUCUUCAUCCACAUCAUCGCUUGACAUUAAAAAGUCGAGAGAGACUAUACCAAAGCCAGAGAUUGAUGUUGCCAUUGAAGAGGAGGAACACCAAGAGGAGUCAGAUGUUGGCUUUGACCAAGACCAAGACCAAGACCAAGAACAGGAACAGGAGCCCACACAAUUGCAAAGAACACUCUCUUCAAGUAGCAUUGCCUCUUCCACUGACACUGACAAUUCGACUCCUGCUUCGUCUCAAAUUAUGAGAUCUUCAUCUACCCCAUCCAAAUAUUACCACAGAAUGACCAUGAGCAACACCACCAACGUCAAGAUUCGAUGGAAUCAUGGCGGUAAAAAGGUUCAAGUUACUGGCGAGUUUGAUAACUGGUCAGUAUCGGUUGAUAUGGUUCAAGAUACCGAAGACUCAAAUUGUCACGUUGUUGAUAUUCCAAUGGAUUUGAGCAAAGAUAUCGAAUACAAAUUCAUUGUAGAUGGAGAAUGGCGUUAUGCUGAUGAUUUACCACAUCGAACUGAUUGGCGAGGCAAUAUCAACAAUGUAGUGUACAAAAAGGAGAAUCCCACUGCCUUGGUAAACGAGUAA